ACCUCGAAUUAACUUUUGACAGUCAUAUUUUUUGCUGGUACUGAAAAGUAAAAAAGAUUUUUCCGAAUUUUUAAUAAGAUUUUAAGAAAUCAUGACUGAAUUGUUAAUAGAUCCCAAUAUUCGAGUUUGGGUAUUUCUACCAAUUGUUUUAAUUGCAUUUUUCAUUGGAAUUCUGAGACACUAUGUGAGCAUAUUAAUAGCCUCACAAAAAAAGGCCGAAAUCACCCAAAUACAAGACAGUCAAGCUAUGAUCAGAGCACGUUUAUUGCGGGAAAAUGGAAAAUAUCUUACAGCUCAAUCGUUUGCUAUGCGAAAGAAUUUUUUCAACAACGAGGAGACUGGCUACUUUAAGACACAGAAGAGAGCACCAGUGCCACAAAACCCAACAGCCAUGAUAACUGAUAUGUUAAAGGGCAACUUUGUCAAUAUGUUGCCUAUGGUAAUUAUUGGAGGCUGGAUAAAUUGGAUGUUCUCCGGUUUCGUUACAACCAAAGUGCCUUUUCCCUUAACGUUGCGUUUCAAGCCUAUGUUGCAGAGAGGCAUCGAAUUGGCCUCUUUAGAUGCAGCAUGGGUUUCUUCGGCCUCUUGGUAUUUCUUAAACGUAUUUGGUUUACGAUCAAUUUACACAUUAGUUUUGGGUGAAAAUAAUCAAGCCGAUCAGACCCAAGCUCAGGCAGAUGCAAUGACGGGAGCAGCAAUGACAAUGCCACAGGAUCCCAAGGUGGCAUUUAAAGCCGAAUGGGAAGCAUUAGAGAUAACUGAAUAUCAAAAUGCUCUAAAGACUGUCGAUCAAGAUUUACUGCAAAUGGCUGCAAGCGCCGAGGUUAACCAAGAAAAUAACAUUAGACAGUAAUUAAGAUCAAACAUAGUAGAACACAUUUUUCAGAUCAUUUACUUGGUGAGACUUUCAUGCAAAGCCUUUGGUGGCUUCUUUAAUAACUUAAAUUUAGUAAAAUAUUCACUUAAUAAAGAAUGAUGAUCGAAAUAAA